CAGAAGUUGACAGUUGACAAGUCGACCUAACCUCAAAAAACUCACCUUGUUAUUUUAAAAACAAACAGUAUUUGAAUUAAAAAAUGACCGAAAAUCAACUGAUAAUCAACGCGGGGGAUCACGUAAUAGUUCAGCGGCAGGGCUACACGAAACUGCAUAAACUAAAACAGCACGGCAACAUGGCUAUCGGGAAAUUCACGGUGGAAAUGGACAACGUAUUGGGGAUGCGCUACUUCGACACCUUCCAAAUGAAAAAGAGCCCCAACGGUAAAAAGUUGUUCGUGUUAGAGCGGGUCAGUGACAGCGGGAGCACCAUAAACAACUUGAACAUAGAAAAAAGUGGAUUGGACAACCGAGACAUUACCGUGGAGGAAGACACUCAGGCCUUGACGAAAGAUGAUAUAGACAAGCUGCAGGACAGCGAAUUAAACUCAAAUACGAUUAUCGGAGAGCUGGUGAACAACUCGAAAACCUUUAACAUGAAAACAGAGUACUCGCAAGAAAAAUACAUUAAAAAAAAGGAGAAAAAGUAUUUCGAAUACAUCCAGCUGCGCCGUCCAACGAUUCGCCUCCUGUGCAACAUGUUCUACCGGCAAGACCCCACAAAAACCUUAGGAAUAAGAAUAGAUGACCUCUCGCAAAUAUUAACUUAUGCCAACAUACAAUCUGAAGGGAACCAUAUGUUGUAUGACAGUGGAACUUCUGGCCUUAUGGUAGCAUCAGUUAUGAACGCAAUAGGACAACAAACCAGCGGCACUUUAAUCCAUAUGCAUCCAGGAAAUGAAUGCCAAAAAAACGCGUUUGUAGCCAUGCAAUUCCCAGAAGAACAAAGGAAUAGAUGUAUAAAUGUGAAUUUAUAUUCGGUGCUAAGGCAUUAUUAUCAAAGUGAAGACCCACCGUGUAAAAAAGCGAAAGUAGACGAGCCCCAAAAAGUGCCUCAAUGGCAACUGGACAAUGUGAAAGCAUGUGAAAUUUUAACAAACAAGUGUGACAGUUUAAUUGUAACUUGUAAAGAGCAUCCGGUGAAUAUCGUAAAGGAACUUUUGCCAUUUUUAAGGGGAGCAAGGCAGUUAGUGGUGUUCAGUUUGAUCCGGGAGCCUUUGCAAGACUUAUUCUUGUAUUUAAAAAGUCGCUUGGACAUCGUGGCGAUUAGGUUAAGUAAUAAUUUUUUGAGAAAUUAUCAGGUGUUACCAGAAAGGACUCAUCCGGAAGUUAACAUGAACAGUGGGGGCUACAUUUUAACAGCUGUCAAAUUGAAUUGUUAGAGGAUUUUUAUAUUAAAUUUUUACAAUAUUGA